UUGUCAUUCGCCAAUCGUGCGCGGUGAGCAGAUGAUACGAGGGCUGAACAUUUUUGUUUUAUCUUGCAUUGUUCCAGAAGUCUACCUCCACAAAAUGACAGUGAGCAAGUUCUAAUACCUUCAGUUCAGUUGGCAGCAACUGGAUCACGUCGACGCAGCCCUGCUCCGAAUUAUUAAAAAAAGCAGGAAACCUGUGUUAUUUCAGUUGGAAAUAAUUUACCCUUGUCAAGUUCCCGUCAGGUUUGGUCCUUCGAGUGCCGUCGCGUUGUGAGUUUGGAUUGCCUUGAUGAGAUUUGGGAUUUGGAGCUGAAUGCCAUUGAUUGGAGGCAGUGAGAGGUUAAAUUGUUUGGGAGAUAACAAUGGAUAUCUAAUUGAAAUUUAAGCGAUUGACACACUUUCGAUGGAAUAUGGCAGAAUAUUCAAAGGAGAUUAGGUGUGUUUAGUGUGGAAUUUACGUGUCGAAUCCGACUUCAGCACAUUCAUGUUUAUGAAGGUGUAUUGAGAAAGUUUUGGCUGAAACUUGUUUGUUGACACAAUGGCAGACUUUUGCCCGUCCCUCUCGGGGUGGCUAGCCGUGCUGGGUUGCAUCCUGUUUCUAGCUCCAGACGUCUUUCCACAAAUCCACAGAACAUCUUUGACAAUAGACAACGUUUUAGAAUACAGCGAUUCCUCCUUCUCUUCAUCGAGUGGAUUAUUUUUUGAAGCAGAGGAAAACGAAGCUGGUCAAAAUCAUGCAGGUGGAAGCCAUAGAACUGCCCAAAAUGGUGGGACAACGAUGGCUUUUGUUUUUGACGUCACUGGAUCCAUGUUCGAUGAUCUCCAGCAGGUCAUUGAGGGAGCAGAACGUAUUUUAGAUUCAAAUUUAAAGAGGAGAGACACACCUCUUAAAAACUUUGCCUUGGUGCCUUUUCAUGAUCCAGAAAUCCAAGAGAUCACUAUCACAGAAGACCCAGAUUAUUUCCAGCAGAAACUCAAGGAUUUGUAUGUCCAGGGAGGUGGUGAUUGUCCAGAAAAAAGUAUCACGGCCAUCUACCAUGCCCUCAACAUCAGUGAACCUGGAUCCUUCAUCUAUGUCUUCACAGAUGCCAGAUCAAACGACUAUGAACUCACCAACGAGGUCCUCAAGCUUAUCCAGGAAAAAGAAAGCCAGGUUGUUUUUGUCAUGACCGGAGAUUGCGGGAAUCAAUCUCACCCGGGUUUCCAGGCCUACGAACAGAUCGCUGCCACCAGCUCAGGGCAAGUCUUCAUGCUUAACAAGUCGGAUGUGGAUCUGGUGUUGCGAUUUGUUGAAGUAUCUCUGCAGUCUCGCAAGGUCAAUCUUCUGUCAACGGACUAUGAACAUGGGGCCACGCAGGUCCAUCGGGUUCCGAUAGACUCCAGGAUAAGACAGAUCACAAUCUCAGUCAGUGGUGAUAAUAGGAACGUCACUCUGAGAGAUCCUAACGGAAGAGACAUUCCAUUGAUAAAUUCAGUAAGAUUUCAGAGUGGGCAGCAGUAUUUAGAGGAACUGUUAACAUUAGAAAAUGUUUAUGUUGUUGGAAUGGUUGAGCCGGUUCCUGGUUAUUAUGAGCUUAUAACAAACUCUAGAGAUGAGCAUACAGUGCGUGUUACAGCUAUAAGUCUUUUGGAUUUUGCCUUUGGAUUUGCUAGGAACCCAACCGCUGACCUAAAUGAUACCUUCCAUAGACCAAUUAGAGGUGUUUCUUCAAACUUGAUGAUAGAAGCACUUCACCUGAAUCCUCCUGGAGUCUUGGAGAAGGUGGAGUUCUUGAACCUGAGGGGUGAAACCAUCUUUGAGACCCGUCUUACUCAGAGCACAGAGAAUCCAGACAUAUACAUUGCCCCUCGCACCAUACCACCAGAUAGCUACUUCCACAUUCGGGUAUCGGGUAUCGACAGUAGGAACUUUAGAUUUCAGAGGCUUAGCAAGGCAGCCAUCAGUCCUCUUAUACCAGAUCCACCAACCACCUACAUGCCAAGGAGGACACCAGGUUACUAUGGAAUGAAUGCUGUUCUAACCUGCCAGAUAGAAAGUAUGGUACCAUUCUCUGUGCAGUGGAUGAAAAGGGGCACUCCCCUCGAUGGACCCAUUGAUUUCAGUGAAUCUGGUCAAGCAACGUGGACCAUAGAGAAUGCUGAUAGCCGUAUUGAAGGAGUCUACUCCUGUAUAGCAAUCAACGAAGAAGGAAGUUCACGAUCAGAGACAUACCUCGAUAUCACAGAGCCUCCUCCGGUGAUCGCUAGGACUUUCAACGUAUCUGUUCUUCCUGGUAGCGACGCUGUCAUGUCAUGUUUUAUCUCCAGUACUGUCGAGUAUAACAUAACAUGGGAUAAACCAAACACCCUGGUGUCACUACAAGGCCACAACAGAGUGAGUCUAAUGGCGAAUGGAUCCCUGGUUAUCGAAGAUGUCCAUCCCGGUGAUGCUGGAUCGUAUCGUUGUCGGGCGUGGAAUGAGGGCGGGGUCACAGAAGAACAUGUCUAUCUUUAUGUACAAGAGCGACCCCAGAUCAAUGCCUACCAAGGCAACGUGACCUUCAUGUCCAGUCAGAACAUUACCCUGCGGUGUUCCGCCGAUGGUUACCCACUCCCAGAGCUCCGCUGGCUGAGAGACGGCCAGGAACUACCCAUCGAACCAGGACCGAGGCGUGGGGAAAUCGUCCACCGCAUCAUCAAUGCGUCAAGCUCAAGCCAGGGCAUAUACACCUGUGUGGCAAGCAACACCGCCGGUUCAGACCUGCUCAAUGUCUAUGUCACAUACCAAGAACCUCCUCGAAUCCAGAUUACCCAGUACCGUUACCUGACCCCACCCAGCCAGAAAGCAACCCUCUCCUGUCCGACCACAGGGAUACCCCCUCCGGAGAUCACUUGGUUCAAGGGCGAGAGAGACCUCAGUAGGGUCACUUACACCAGGAUCUGGCCCAACGGAGACCUGGACAUCAUGGGGGUCCAGGACUCUGAUUCUGGUUCCUACACCUGCAUGGCUUCCAAUGAGGCAGGUUUUGACUCAGAGACGGUUCAUCUAGAAGUUGGAUCUUCCCCUAUCAUUCUGCAACCUCCUAUUGAUCUUGGUGUCAACUACGGCAUGAACGUCUCCGUGACUUGCAUCGCCAUGGGGCAUCCUGCUCCUACUGUCACGUGGCGCAAGGUCGGGCAAUCACAUCUUGCUGCCAACCCAAGGAUUACCAUGAACGAAGAUGGAAAUCUGUUCAUUAGAGACAUGCAAGUUGAAGAUAGUGGGACAUACGUCUGUGUGGCUCACAACGAACAUGGGUCCACGGAAUCAUCAGCCCAGUUGAGAAUCACAAAUCUUAUCCAGCCCCAGAUCAGUGCCACCAGCCAGGAGGAAGUGGUAUUGGUGGAAGCGGAUGUGGUCGUACGGUGCAACGUGAUCGCCGGCAACCCACCACCAACGAUAACUUGGUACCACAGCAAGGAGAGGCUUUACCCGGAAUACAGCCCCCGUCUCGAUAUCUUUCCCGAUGGUAGCCUCGGAAUCAGGGGCGUGGUAAUGUCCGAUGCGGGCAACUACACCUGCGUAGCGGAGAAUGCCAUUGGAAAUGACACCAGGACAACACAUGUUAAAGUUCACGAUAAACCAAGUAUAACCCCCACAAAUACCAGCUACACCGUUAUCCAUCACGAGUCAGUGACGUUGCUUUGCCCUGCCGAAGGUUAUCCCCCGCCAGUUAUUGAGUGGAUCAAGAACGGCCAGACCGUACCCAACCUAGGGAUCCAUCAGAGUGCGCUCACGCUAAACUAUGUCACCGAACAGGACGCAGGCACCUACAUAUGUAGGGUGUCUAAUGUGGCCGGUGUCUCAGAGAUAGAAAUAACACUCUUUGUUUUAGUCCCACCUGUCCGUGUUGGUGUCGAGACCACCGGUGUCAUCAAUGUAACUCAAGGGGACAGUGUCACCCUCCCGUGCAAUGUGAGGGCAAAUCCCCCUCCUCAGAUCACCUGGUUCAAAGACGACCUUCCCUUGCCAGACUCUGGAAGGAACUUCUACGUUAAUCCAGAUGGGGGUCUGGUCAUUCAGCAGAUGUCUAUGGCAGAGGAAGGGCAGUAUAGGUGUGUGGCGUCUAACAUAGCCGGCAAUGUCACCAAAGAUGUCCGCAUUACUAUUCUUGUUCCACCAAGCAUCGAACCUGGUAACACUGAAUAUGAAGUAGUGGCCGGAGGCUCGGUCAUUCUAUCAUGCGAAGCCUAUGGCAUCCCCAUGCCAGAGGUGGUUUGGCAGAAGGAUGGAGUUCAGCUACCCAAAGCCACCAGGAAUGCCCGCAUCCUGGAAGAGGGCUCCCUCCAGAUAGAUGUCACCUCCGAGGAUCAUACAGGGACCUACACCUGUGUGGUGACCAACGAUGCCGGGGAAACCAACAGGUUUAUCACCCUUAGUAUUAUUGUUCCACCAAUAAUCUUGGAUGGUCAGACACAAUACACUGUGGUCACUGGUCAGGCAAUAACUCUGCAUUGCCCAGCUUCCGGAACCCCGCCCCCGACAAUCACCUGGUCCAGGGAGGGCGUCCCCAUUCCCCUCAACGAUCCUCGUUACGACGUUGAUGAUAUCGCCGGCACUCUUACGAUGUAUGGCGUUGAGCCAACGGAUUUUGGAACAUACAAGUGUGUGGUGCAGAAUGAGGGUGGAUCGGUGACUAAGGACAUCAAUCUGUCUGUCCAUGUUCCUCCUGAUAUCGAGGAAGUCGUUGAGGAAACCUUCAGCAUCGUUGUCGGUGAGACUGUCUCUCUGCCCUGCGAGGUCAGGGGGAAUCCCCCUCCGAUGGUCACAUGGUACAAGUCAGGCAAUCCUAUCUCGGUCAGUAACUCAAUGGUCAUCACCAGAGACUCGCUGGACAUCUAUCGAGCUAGACCAUUUGAUACUGGCAUCUAUCAGUGUGUGGCAAGCAACAUUGCAGGCAACAGUACCAGGAAUUUCAGGCUUGUUGUCAUGAUUCCACCCAGUAUUCAGCCAGGGCCACCAACCCGUACGACAGAGGUUGGAAGUCACGUUGAGUUGGAAUGCCGGGCCGAUGGUAUCCCACUCCCUGAUAUAACAUGGUACAAGGACGGACAGCCCCUCGAUACAUUUAAUGACCCAAGGUUUCGACAGAGUGCCUUUGGUACUCUUCAGAUACUGAACGUAGACCAACAAGAUACUGGCGAAUAUGCCUGCUAUGUCUCUAACGAUGCCGGCAAAGCUUCCAAGUUUGUAACCCUAACAGUCAAUUUGGCACCCAUUUUGUUAGACAGUCCCGAUGCUUACACCAGCCUGAUCCGUAACCCUGUGACCCUUCAGUGUCUAGCUGCUGGUUUUCCGCCUCCUGAGGUCACAUGGCUUAAGAAUGGAGCACCGCUAGAUCAAGAAGAUGUCAGGUACUAUGUCACACCAAGCAACUCACUACUCAUUGCGUCAACCAUAAGAGAAGAUUCUGGCAUCUAUACCUGUAAUGUAACAAAUACUGCUGGGUAUCAGUACAAACACAUGGAGUUAACAGUUUAUGUGCCUCCUACAUCAAUCACCGCUGGGGAUACCAGCUACGAUGUCACCCUCAACAAUCCUGUCUCACUGCCGUGUGUAGUGGAGAGUUACCCGCCUCCUAUGAUCACAUGGCUCAAGGAUGGCCGAGUGAUCCCUUAUACCAACUCCCAUUACCGCAUUCAGGAAUCGUCCCUUGACAUCCCCAUGGCUGUGGUGAGGGAUUCCGGGGUCUACACCUGCAUCGCAUCCAAUAUCGUUGGGAAUAUUUCUAGGAGUUAUGAAAUCAAUGUUCAAGUGCCACCAUACAUCAGUCCUGGUCCUGACACCAUCACGGCCUACCUAGGUCAGAAUGUGACCCUACCCUGUGACUCUAUAGGAGUACCUACCCCCAUGACCAUGUGGGACAAGGGGGGUCUUCAGCUUAACUAUGAUGAUUCUCAUUUCCAUAAGCUUGAGGAAGGUUCCCUGAUCAUCAGUGAUGUAAGAGAGCUGGAUGCCGGUGUUUAUUUCUGUUUGGUGGUCAAUCAAGCAGGCUCGGACACCAGGAAGAUCACACUCACUGUAAAGGAUCCUCCUCGCAUCAUCAAUGAGCUCCCUGAGGUGAUGGAACAGAUGAUGAACACAGAGGUUAGGAUAGCCUGCCAGGCCACCGGGACACCUAGACCUCGGAUCCGUUGGUUCAAGGAUGGACAACCGAUAGAGCAACUCAGAGGCUACACCGUGCUUGGAGACAAUACACUGCUGAUCUCCAGUCUGCAACCCUAUGAUAAUGGUCGAUACGAGUGCAUAGCAGAGAGUGAGAGCGGGUUCGAUUCGAUUGAUGUAUUCAUCGAUACGCAGGUGAGACCUCAUAUCGCUGGUGAGAACACACCGGACGAUCCUGUCAUUGUUUUCACUGAAGAAUACCAGAACGUCAUCCUGGAGUGCAACGUGACGGACUCCCACCCUCCAGCCGAGGUCACAUGGUACAAGAACGGUCAGGCCAUACUGGACAGGUCAGAUAUCGGGAUCCAUUUUGAUUUAGGUGAUACGAGUCUGAGGUUGCCCUACCUUAGUCCUGAGGAUGCUGGUCAUUAUCACUGUGAGGCGACCAACGGUCAGGGGUCCAGCCGACGCCACUUCUCCUUGGAAGUCCAUGUUGCCCCUUUGAUCAGGAAUCGAAGAGAGGAGAUACUCACAGUCCAAGUUGGUCAUAGUAUCUCAAUUCGCUGUGAAGCCAGCGGUGUUCCAGAUGCCAGGAUUGUGUGGAUGUUCGGUGAUAUCCCAAUCUCCAGUCAGAACAGUCGCUACCAAAUCUCUGCCAAUGGCACGCUGCAUCUGAGAGAAGUGCAGGUCAUUGACUCGGGUGUGUUCACUUGCAUAGCAAAGAACUCGGCCGGAAACGAUUCCAGAGUGGUUACUGUGAACGUGAUUGUGCCACCAUCUAUCAAUGAUGGGCCGUCGGACAUUGUCCGUACACUCUCCAGCUCUGUCAUCCUUCCUUGUGAGUCAGCUGGAGUCCCAUUCCCCGAGAUCACAUGGUAUAAGAACGGAGCUCCUCUUAAUCUCUCCAACCCCAACCUGGAGCAGCUGUUCUCCGGCUCCCUCAGGAUCCGGAGUGUGGAGGAGCUGGACUCUGGACACUAUCGAUGCGUCGCCGUCAACCAGGCUGGCCAUGAUCAUAAGACCCUCACGCUAUGGAUCCACACACCCCCAUCCAUUCAGCCUGAUGCCUCAGGAAACGUUUCGACCGGUGUGGACGAGAACGUCAUCAUCCCGUGCAACAUCAGCGGCAGUCCCAAGCCACAGUACCGCUGGCUGAAGAACAACCGUGAAGUCCCCAUGAACUACGGCAAGAUGGAGCUCCUGGAAGACGGCUCCUUGAUGAUCAGGGAUGUGGAGUCCAUCGAUCGGGGUUCCUACACCUGCGAAGCCACCAAUGCUGUUGGCGUCCUGAGUAGGGAGGUUAGGCUUGAUGUUUCAGUUGCUCCUAAGAUCCCAGGCUCGAAGACACCUGUCGAGUACCCAGUUGGCCAGUAUGAUUCUAUUGAACUCCAGUGCAUGGUCACUGAUGCCUUCCCACCUCCGAUCAUCACUUGGUACAAAGGAGACAUGAUGUUGACUGGACUGGAAGAAGCGGUCACCAUCAAAGAUCAGGGAAUCACCCUUGAAAUUGGGUCUGUCAACAUAGCCAAUGCCGGAGAGUACUACUGCACUGCCACCAAUGAUGCCGGGACUGCUUCCAUGCAAUGGACAAUCGACGUGCAGGUUACACCCAGUAUCCUCAACGGCCAGGACGAGUAUCUGACCACAACCCAGGAUGUUGAUAUCACCCUCUACUGUGAGGUGGAAGGUAACCCAGAACCCACGGUUACCUGGGAGAGAGAUGACAAACCUUUAGAGGUCCUUGAUGAUCACUACAUCAUUGGGGAGGAUGGAUCGCUAAGAAUCGUGGCUCCCCAACACACGGACAGCGGGGGCUACGUUUGCGUGGCGACCAACAACAUUGGAUACGCCAUCAAGAACUUUCACCUUGUUGUCAAGAUUCCUCCCAAUAUCAGCACUCAGCAAGAGGUAGUGACCAUAGGACCUCAUCAGUCAGUGACUCUGAGAUGCCGAGCUACAGGAUUUCCUGGACCAACCAUCAGCUGGAGAAAGGACAACAUACCAAUCCCUUUCAGUACCCAAUCCUUCAGCAUCAGCAGUGAUGGAGGAAGCCUGACCAUCAAUAGCACUCGAGAGGGCGACAGUGGCAUAUAUUCUUGCGUUGCCAACAACGAGGUAGGCGAACGGUCUUUGGACAUCCUACUGAAGGUGCAGGAACCACCCAGCAUUCUCAGAGCACCACAUAAGACAGGUCCUCUGCAUGUCCAGCUGGUGGAAGGAGAUGACAUCGAACUGCAUUGCCCGACCACCGGGACACCCACACCGAGGGUGGCCUGGUUCAGAGACAACCGUGUUCUCUCUCCUCCGGAUUAUAAGAUCAGGGAUGAUGGAACCUUGGUAAUUCCUGGAGCUAUGCCUUUUGAUGCUGGUGUGUAUACAUGCAGGGCAGUGAAUGUAGCUGGGAAUACCAGUUUAACAAUCAACGUUACUGUGAUGGUUCCUCCCGUCAUCGUUGAUGCCUACAGACCGAUAGACAUCGUGGUCGUCCUCAACAAUCCUGCUCGGCUGUACUGCACCAUUGACAUCUCCAUCCCCAUGGCAACCAUCAUCUGGCAGAAGGACGGCAUCCCUCUCCGGGAGGAUGCUAACAUCCGAAUCUCUCCCAAUGGUCAGAUCCUAGAGAUCAGUCAGGUCCAGGUCAACAACGAGGGAAGGUACACCUGUAUUGCUACCAACAAUGCCGGAAACUCCACCAAGUUCUUUGGCCUUACUGUCCAUGUUCCUCCUAACUUCCCUGACGGUAGUCCUUUGGGUCCCACCUUGAUGAGCAUCAACGAAAAAGACUCCACCCAGCUUAGUUGCCAUGCCAGCGGUGACCCCCCUCCCACCAUCAGAUGGUAUAAAGAUGGGCGUCUGGUGACCCACAAUGAACCGGGAGUGGCAGUGCUGAGCUCCGGGGAGGUUCUCAGGAUUAAUCGAGUGAACAGGAUCCAUGCUGGGGAGUUCACCUGUGUGGCAAGCAAUGUCGUGGGGAAUAUCUCCAAGAGUUAUGUGUUGAAUGUUAGAGUGAGCCCUGAAAUCGAAGGGGCAGAAUUCCCUCACAAUGUGUCGGUCAUCAAUAACAUGGGAAUAGAGCUUAGCUGUCCAACGGUGGCCAUUCCAGUCCCCGAGAUCGUCUGGUAUAAGGAUGGACAUCGCCUUCACCCCUUCCAGAGCGGUGUACUCAUCUCUCCCGAUGGAACCACGCUAAGAAUCCCCAACGCUCAGCUCCACGAUGAGGGCAUGUACCAGUGCGUAGCAACCAACAUCGCAGGAGAUCAGACUAAGCUCUUCAACCUAUUUAUUGACGUUCCACCUGUAAUACUGUCAAGGGAGCCUAACCAAAUUGCCGUCAUAGCUGGUGGCUCUGCAACCAUUGACUGCGAGAGCUAUGGUGUCCCCAAACCAACCGUGACAUGGACAAAGAAUAAUGCCUUCAUAUCACCAGCUAGCGUAAGGUAUGACAUUGAUCCUGCUGGAUUGCUCCAUAUCGCCACGGUGACGGUAGCAGACGAAGGUGUCUUUGAGUGCUUUGUAUCAAACUCCGCUGGCAAUCUGACGAGAAGGAUAGAUCUACAGGUUCAAGUCCAACCAACGAUCACACCGGGGCGUGGCAGGGUGACCACCCGUAUCGGUCAGUCCGUCCGUCUCUUCUGCGAUGCAACCGGCGUCCCUACCCCGGAGAUCCUUUGGCAGAAGGAUGGCCAGCGGGUGUCGCCCAUGGAAGGAUUCAUCAUCAUCAAUGAUGGGAUGUUGCAGAUCAACGACGCUCAGCCUUCGGAUGCAGGCCGCUAUGACUGCAUCGCUAAGAACGGAGCAGGGGCUGAUGUCUUCAAGGUCAUUCUGGAGGUUCAAGAGCCACCCAGGAUAGCACAGACCAACAACACCUACGAGGCCAGGGUCGAUAGGUCCGUUGAGCUGGAAUGCCGAGUGAGCGGGACCCCCAAACCAAGCAUUCGCUGGUUGUUCAAUGGACGGGAUAUCUCGGGAGACCAGAGUCUGACGCUUGCCAAUGGGAAUCUGAAGAUACCUGUUGUUCGGGCAGAGGACAGGGGAUCGUACACGUGUUUGGCUCAGAAUGAUGCUGGUUUCGACCAAGCUGAACGGUUGCUGGUAGUACUCGAUCGUCCAAGCGUUCCUAGACUACCCCUUGAACUGUCACAGAUGACCAUCAGUGUGAAUCGACGAGCAGUACUGACCUGUCCAGCUGAUGGCUACCCUCCGCCUGUGGUCAGUUGGAGGAAGGAUGGAGUUCUGAUAGAGCCGACCGGUAGAAUCACCAUGACUGAAAACCAUGAGCUUAUCAUUGAUAGAGUACAGGAAGUAGACAGCGGUACCUACACAUGUGUGGCAGAGAACUCGAUUGGCAGCAACAGACUAAAUUUCUACCUUACUGUUCAAGUUGCUCCAACGUUCACCCACUUCCCUAAUGAUGUUGAACUAGCGGCAGGGAACAGACUUGAACUAAUCUGUGAGGCAGUUGGUGUACCAAUGCCAGAUAUUACAUGGCUUGUCAAUGGGACGGAACUGAUACCAAGCCCACCUACUUAUGAUGGACGUAGUGUACUGGCCAUUCAUAACGUACAGAAAAGUGACAGUGGAACCUACAUGUGCCGAGCUGAAAACGUACUUGGUGUACGCACCGCAAUCACCGCCGUACGUGUCAGGGUGCCUCCAAGGAUCAUUCCAGUCCCAUCAGAUACAACCCUGACCCUUGGUGAGAGGGCGGUGUUGACGUGUGCCGCCGAGGGUGACCCACGACCUGAGGUUACAUGGCUCAAGGACAAUCGUCCUGUAGCGCUGUCGGACAGCAUGCAACAAACUUCCGAUGGCUCUCUCAUAAUCGCACCAACCGCUAUAUCUGAUGCAGGUCAUUACAGAUGUCAAGCUCUUAAUCUCUAUGGACAUGAUGAAAUCAGCUAUCAACUUCAAAUACAAAGCCGUCCUAUGUUCACAGUGGAGCCUCAGAACACGACCGUAUCCCAUGGAGAGAACGUUCUCUUGGACUGCGUGGCUCAAGGAGAGCCUGAGCCCUUUAUGAGAUGGCAGAAGGAAGGUUUCAGGGUGUUACCCGUUGGGCGGGUGGCCAUCCUACCAAACAACACCCUCAAGAUCGUAGCAGCGCAACUGACCGAUAGCGGCGCGUACAUGUGCCUUGCUGAAAACCUGAUGGGUCGAACAGUGAUGACUGUCUACCUAACUGUUAUGGUGCAUGGCGGCUGGUCUGAGUGGACAGAUUGGGGGCAGUGCAGUAAGACAUGUGGGCGGGGCAUGAGGAUACGCACACGUCGCUGUGACAGCCCGUCCCCGGCUAACAAUGGGCUUCAGUGCACGGGGCCAGAAGUAGAACAGAACUCGUGCCAUUUGGAAAGUUGCCCUAUCCAUGGACGAUGGGGUGAAUGGCAGCCAUGGGAGGAAUGCUCUUCAUCCUGUGGGUUCGGCGUCCGCGUGAGACGACGAUUCUGUGACAAUCCACCGGUGCAGUAUAGAGGAAGGGACUGCGAAGGGGAAGGCAUCCAACAGGAUCAAUGCUUCACAGGAGAAUGCCCAGUUGACGGAGGCUGGGGCCCUUGGUCAUCAUGGCAGCUAUGUGAUCGAACGUGUGGCAACGGGAAUACCAUCCGAGAGAGGAUAUGUAACAAUCCUGAGCCACGUCAUGGUGGUAGGGACUGUACCGGACUAUCAAGAGAGACACGAGCCUGUAACGUACGACCAUGCCCAGUUGAUGGAGUAUUUGGAUCAUGGAGUAUCUGGUCUACCUGCACCGUCUCUUGUGGUGGGGGACAACAGAGUAGGACCAGGAUCUGUACUGGACCUCUUCAUGGCGGUCAGCCGUGCGAGGGUAGGACUGAGCAGACCAUUCGCUGUAAUACAGAACAAUGUCCAGUCCAUGGAAACUGGUCUGAUUGGGAUGUCUGGGGAGUCUGCUCAACAAUGUGCGGUGGAGGAAUAAGACAACGGUUCCGCUCCUGCACCAAGCCAGCACCGUCACCCACCGGUCGACCCUGCGUGGGUGAAAGUGUGGACACAGAACCAUGUAAUCAACAGCCUUGCGCAGUUGAUGGUAAAUGGACACAUUGGUCUCAAUGGAGCGAAUGUUCACAGACUUGUGGUGAGAGUCAACGACGUAAAACCAGAGAGUGUAAUAACCCAGCACCCGCCCACGGUGGAAGGCCUUGUAUUGGAGUAGCUGAACUCAUUCAAACAUGUCAUACACCUCCUUGCAUAGUUGGUCCAAGGACAGCUAUCGCCAUGGUAACAGGUAGUAUCAAUGGUGAGACAUUGAAUGGUCAACUCUUUGCCAACAUCAGUGUGGACAAUGCAGGGUACACGAUGGUCACUGCCAACAUGGACAAUGUACCUGAAGAUAUCGGUAACGUGAUGCGGAUGCUGAUCUCCUUGAUAUCUCCCGUCUACUGGACCAGUGCGUAUGAACGAGAUAACACAGCCAAUGGCUUUUCCGUCACCGAAGGAAACUUUGAGAGACAGACUCAAGUCAGUUUCUGGUCAGGUGAGCAGUUGACGAUGGGAAUGCGUUCUCUAGGAGUAGAUGAGAACGGUGUCCUGCAGCUGACCAUCCUCCUGACUGGUGAAACCCCUGAGAUCUUACCAGAGGACCAGGUCAUCACACGGAACUACCGAGAAAACUACAUCCAAACGGGACCCGGGGAGGUCUACGGGCAGUCCUCUCGUCUCAUCACCAUCGACGGGGCGCCUCUGCUCUAUGCAUGGAACCACACCAUUUUCUAUGAAGACGCAGGAAGUCAGAUGCCGUUCCUUGUACAGACGCUUAACACCGAGGGGGCUACUGUGGAAUAUAAUCCUGUAGAUGGUUCGCUGACCUACACGAUACGUGUCUACUUUACCAGAGGAGAACCAAGGAAUCGAUGCCCCCAAGGAUUUUCGCUUGAUCCAACUGGACCGUACUGCCGAGAUGUUAAUGAGUGUCUGCAGAGAAACACAUGUUCUCAUUUUUGCCAGAACUUUUACGGUGGUCACGUCUGUGCUUGUCCAACUGGCUAUCGGCUGAACAGAUACAACGAACGCACCUGUGAUGACAUUGAUGAAUGUCGGUAUAGAAAUGGAGACUGUCCGCCCACUGAAGAAUGUCAGAAUACUGAAGGUUCUUUCCGAUGUGUGCAACAUUGCAAUAGAGGAUUACGUAGGAUACCAGGAACAACACUAUGUGGAGAUAUCAAUGAAUGCCAGGAAUCUCCUAACAUCUGUUCCCAUCUAUGUAGCAACACUCAGGGAAGCUAUCAAUGCACCUGUAGGAAGGGAUACCGUCUUAGAGGAAAGAGAGAAUGUAUAGAUGUUGAUGAAUGUAAGGAGCGUAACCCAUGUCGAGUCAAUCAAGAAUGUGAGAAUCGACAAGGUCAUUAUCGUUGCAUAACAGUGUGCCCGCAAGGCUUUGAGAGAGCAAGGAAUGGAACAUGUAUAGAUAUUGAUGAAUGCAGUUCGAACCGACACCAGUGCUCUCAGAUCCAAACCUGUGCAAAUUCUAUUGGUAGCUAUGAAUGUCUGUGUCCCCGUGGUUUCCGGGCAGAGGGUCGACGUUGUAUAGAUGUCAACGAAUGUCUCACCCGACCCUGCACGUACCAGUGCCGCAACCUCCAGGGUGACUACGAGUGUCUGUGCUCACCGGGAAUGACCAGAAUGCCGGACAGGAAGACUUGUAUCGGUUUAGAGGAGCGAUCGAUUGAUCCACCAACGAUUCUGGACUGCCAGAACGGUUGGCGUCGUGUGGGAAGAAGAUGCGUUGAUGUGAACGAGUGUCAGUUAGCACAUCCCUGUCGGUAUAGAUGCAUCAACACCGAGGGGAGCUUCCGCUGUGAAUGUCCUCCUGGGUACAACCUAGCAGCCGACAGAGUAUCUUGCGAUGAUAUCAAUGAAUGCAUGGAUUACAGAUACAACGUAAACUGCGGCCGGAACAAGAUCUGCUUCAAUCGUCAAGGAAAUUACAGCUGUUUGGAUACCUCUUGUCCUCAAUACUAUGAAAAGCAACGAUAUACAGGGUACUGUAUCAGGUCUUGCCCUGCGUCCUUAUCAAGAGCAGAGCUAUCGCUGUGUGAGAGCCUACCCGGUAGCAUUCAGUUCAAGACGAUAGCCUUGCUGACGGACACCGACUCUGGUCGCGAUCUACUCCGGCUCAGGGUGAAAAGAACCGACGGUACCGUUCACUCAAACACCUACUUCAGCAUUGAGAACACACAGGUGCCUUUCAUAAUCAGGACAGAAGCGAAUGGUGCAGGGGUUAUAUCAACCAAGGAGCCCCUCCUGGAACCAAGAGACUACGUGAUUAAGGUCAGAGCUCAAGGGUUCUCUGGGUCGCAGGUCUCUACUCAUGUUGAAUUGGACAAAGUUUAUCACAUUCAUGUCUCCGUUUCUCAGUUCCCCUACAGUAACUCAUAGGAUGAUGCCAAGCCUGGUUCCGUGUAAACAAA